CUUCAAACUUUCUACACCCGAACUUACUUUGAGUUAUUUCUCUCUCGAAUAUAAGUCGGCUUCUGAAUUGCAAAUUGCGAUCAAUUAAUAGUCUUCUACAAUAUUAAUCUCAAUGGCUCCUGCUUCUUACAAUUGCAUAUUCAAUACAAUAUGUGUAAUGGACGCUUCCAGUCGCUUAGGUACAAAGCUUGUAAAGCGUCUUCUCAAGAGAGGUUACACAGUUCAUGCAACUGUUCAAAAUCAUGGCGAGUUGUUGUCGUUGAAGGGGAUUGAAUGUGAGAAUAAGAAAUUGAAGAUAUUUGAGUCGGACCCUUUUGAUUACCAUAGCAUUCUUGAUGCUUUGAAAGGUUGUUCUGGUUUGUUCUACUCGUUUGAGCCUCCAUCAGAUUAUCCCUCUGACGAUGAAGAAAUGGCAGAAAUGGAGGUGAGGGCAGCACAUAAUGUGUUGGAAGCAUGCGCACAAACAGAUACUAUUGAAAAAGUUGUAUGUACUUCCUCAGCAACUGCAAUUAUUUGGGGACAUGAUAAUCAUAAAGAAUCCACUGAUCAACUAGAUGAAAGACAUUGGAGUGACAUCAAUUUUUGUCGCAAAUUCAAGCUGUGGCAUGCUAUGUCAAAAACACUAGCAGAGAAGGCAGCUUGGGCAUUGGCAAUGGACAGAGGAAUCAACAUGGUGACUAUUAAUGCAGGACUACUAAUGGGUCCUGAAUUAACCAUCACUAAUCCUUAUCUUAAAGGAGCAGCUGAGAUGUAUGAAGAUGGAGUCUUUGUGACUGUUGAUCUUGAUUUCUUGGUGGAUACCCACAUUUGUGUCUAUGAGGAAAUAGCAACCUAUGGUCGAUACUUGUGCUUCAAUCACAUCAUUAACCAAAAAGAAGAUGCUCUUAACCUUGCCAAUAUGUUGUCCCCCUUGCCUUCUCCCCCUCAAAGUUUGGAAGAAGAUACAAGGAUAAUCCAGCAGAGGAUCAGCAACAAUAAAUUGAACAAGCUUAUGGUUGACUUUAGAGGGUGCCAGUCCCAGAUGGACCAAAUUGCAAAUCAAGACAUUUGCUUAUCAUGAUGAACGGCAAAUUAAAGGGAUCUCUUAUGAAAGUGUACACAUAAACUCCACUGUAAAUUAAAAGCUACUAUAAAAUUUGAUGACAAUGUAACUUUCCCCCAACCCCACUUCCCAAGUAGCUAGGCAAGUAGCAAACCUCUUGGAUGUAAUGGGAGAAAAUAAACAAAUAAAGAAAAGAAAAAAAAGACACAUAAAUGGCCAAAUGCAAGGCAUGUAAUAAUGUUUAUGUACAAAAGUCAAUAAUUUAAUUAAGAGACACCAUGUGAGUUAUGAGUU